AUGGGGAAAGCUGCUGUGAAGAAAUCACCGACGCCGACGAGCUCGGAAGCAGGGGACCCCUGGACUGGGCGCAGUGUGAGUUCUUUGUCGGAGAAGUGGACCAAUGAGAAGGCGGUGGCUGCGUACGACGCCACCCUGGUUACGUAUAUCUACAGGACAUUCUUGGACCACGUGUCGACCAAAGAGUCUUCGUCGCAUCACCACCACGAGAUUACGCUCUUGAGCUCCACGGGGUAUUUGGAGAACUACUUGUGGCUUCACUUCAAUGCCGAGAAGCACGCGACCGACAAGUGGUUGCUGUUGUCGAUCGUCGCGCUCUCGAACGAGACAGACGGGCGACUGUGGACGUCAGUAGAUGGUUCCAAGUAUGCCUCUUUCAUCGACUCGUUGUUCCGCCUCAAGCAUGGCCAUGCGUUUGCGUCCUGGAGUCUCCGUGAGCACGCGCGCUUCCUCCGAUUCCUCACACAUGGUAUCCGUCACCUCGAGCACGCCCAUGUGGCCAAGACGAUGCUGCAGUACGCGUCCCUUCCCACGUGGAAGCACUUGUCCGACAUCCAGCGGAAUUUGGUGUUUGCCGACCACCCCAAGCUCAAGCGGCACUGGCAGAACCGCAUCCCCAGCCCCCCUGCACCAUCUUCUUCGAGUCCCGUGGUCAAGAAGCGCAAGGUCCUUCCUUCGUCUUCUCCUGUCGUGGACCUCGACGGCGACUUUUACGUCGGCCUGCUCAACGAUCUCAAGGCCGUGUUGUUGCGCGCGGCGGCCGAUCCGUCCGACGACGACGACGACCAGGACGACAUUGUGCACUACGUCGCGCACGCGUUGGACCUGUGGGUGGACCUCAUGAGUCAGUUGCCGACGCGGCGAUUCCUACGGACGUUGGCAGUGCACUUGCACCUGCUCAUGGCAUGUCGGCACAGCGCCGUCGUGACCAACCAUCCAUUGCUGUCCAAGCAAGUCGCGUUGCUGCACUUUUACGUGCACUUUCCACUAGAUGACCAGACCGGACAUGCUUGGAGUGCCGUGGAGCACAAGGCGAACGUCGCGAGUCGCGCGCAUGCCCUCCAACUGACGGCGUUCGCGACCCACGAGUCGCUGCGCGCGCUGUCGCUGCUGCCGCUGUCGUCGCUAAGUAACCGGUCGGUUCUGCAAACCCAAUUGAAUCUCGUGCCCGACGACAUCUUGUUCCCGUUUGCGAUCGCCGCGGGGCUGGUCCAGCCGUCGGACGAGAACAUCGACUUGGUGGAUGCAUUCGUCGACCGGUUCGCGCUCCAUGCGCCGCCGACGCUGUCGGCGCUGCCGCUGUUUCCCACGGAAGCGGACCUGUGGGCCCCCGACACGGCCUCCCUCGACGACGACCACGCCCAUGGCGAUCGAAAUCAGCCGCUGAUUCUGUCGACGCGCAAGCUCAACCUGCAGUUUCUCAGCCUUCAAGACUACCUCUACCGCAACUACGAGCUGUUCCGUCUCGAAGCGGCGCACGGCGUCCGGUUGGACCUCGAGCAUGUGCUGCACGUUCUUCAGCCCGGAUCGUCGUCGCAUCACCAACCAAAUUCUUCGUCAUCUGGCCGCCCAGUGUUUCGGCGCCGACACCCCAUGGCCGCCCCCGUCGAUGCCGUCAAGAUCGUCCGCGUGGACCCGCCGUCGAUCGGCCACCUGCAUCCGGCUCAAGUCCUUGCCCAAGUCAAUGUGGAUCUGGCCCCGGAGGCCGUAGAAGCGUGGGAUGCCGCACUGCAGCUGCCCGGGCACCACGUCGUGUUCCUUGUCCACGUGGAUGCGUCUGCGAUCCCUUAUGACGACGAUCAAGCCAAGCUGUCGGUGCUCAACGCAGCCGAGCAGCACGGCGUCCAAAGCGUCCGCGGCGCGUCCGUGCUGCAAGUGCUCGACGGGCACGGCACCGCCAUCGGCGACCUCGUCGAGCAUCCGGACGGAACGCUGGUGCGGGCCAAGGGCAAAGGCACCCGCCGCGUCCUCCGCGUAGCCCUCGACGGCGCGCAGUACGCCAAGGAUGUGGCGGAGGCCAACACGGACGUGUACACGCACUUGAACGUCGUGGUCCGCCGCGACGCCAAAGUCAACAACUUCAAGGCGGUGCUCGACACGAUCCAAGACAUUUUGAGGGAACAGUCGCCGAGUCGCGUGCUGCCUGCGUGGUUGGCCGACGUGUUCCUCGGGUACGGCGACCCCGCGUCGGCCCACCACCGCCAUCCGUCCCUCCAAACCUCCACCUCUUAUUCCGUCCCCUUGUUUGAUACAUUUGCCAACCAAGCACACGCCGCCGCGUCAUUUCCCAAUGCGAGAAACGUCGAAUUCAUUGCUAAUGGCGAGGCCACGAGUCCCGCCAAGGAAGGCGGCAGUGGCGCAGCGUUGUCGUUUACGUUGAUCCAAAAGCACGACCAAGGCGACCAGAACGUGGUGCUGCAAGUCGAUUCAACGUCAUCGCAUACGACAGAUGGACGUCCGUCGGCGGCGGUUCAGUUUACACCCACCCAAGUCGACGCGAUUGUCAGCGGCAUGCAUCGCGGCCUCACGCUCGUGGUGGGCCCCCCCGGCACGGGCAAGACGGACGUGGCCGUGCAGUUGAUUGCGAAUCUGUACCAAGCGUACCCGACCGAGCGCAUCGCGAUUGUCACGCACGCCAACCACGCCUUGGACGACAUUUUCGCCAAGUUGAAGGCCAAGCGCGUAGUGGACCCGGGCCAUUUGCUUCGACUGGGGGGCGGCGGCGUCGUCGGUUCUUCGGACGAUGAAACCGACUUUGAAAACGACUUUACCAAGGCGGGCCGCGUGGCGUUCCUGCUCGCGCGACGCCGUGUCCUCCUUGACCAAGUCGAGUACAUCGCGCAGGCGGUGGGCGGCGCCGCCGCCGCGUCUGGCGCGUCGCACUCGUGUGCCCAAGCCGCCUACUUUUACACCCGGCACCUCGGUCCGGCAUUGGCGUCGCCCCCGACAGCCGACUUUACCAGGUUUGUGACACAGUUCACCCACGCUUCAAACGGGGCGGACCAACGCGCGUACUUUGCUCGACUGUUUGACGAACUGGCCACGCUCAGUGCGCUGGAGGUGCUUCGCACGCCGAAACAGCGCGGCGACUUCCUCCUCGUCAAGCACGCGCGGGUCGUGGCCAUGACGUGCACGCAGGCGGCGAUGAAUCGGUCGCGGUUCAUCGACAUGGGGUUCCAGUACCAGUCGGUUGUGAUGGAGGAGGCGGGCCAAGUGAGCGAGAUUGAGUCGCUGAUUCCGAUGCUGCUGCAGAAAACCACGUCGCAGCUGCACCGCGUGGUGCUCUUUGGUGACCACGAGCAGCUCCCCCCCGUGGUGCAGAACCGCCCACUAGCCGACUUUUCUAAAUUGGAUCAGAGCCUCUUCACGCGACUGGUGCGUCUCGGAGCUCCGACCGUCCAGCUCGACCGACAAGGCCGCACGCGGCCGUCCAUUGCUGCGCUAUUCAAGUGGAAAUACAAGCAUUUGACCGACUUGACGUCGGUGACGUCAGCGCCGCAGUUUACCACGGCCAACGCUGGGUUUCGCCAUACGUUUCAGUUUAUCGAUGUACCAGGGGGGUCGGAAACGUCUCCUCGACUGCACGCGUAUGAAAACCAUUUGGAAGGGCUGUACCUGGUCCAAGUGUACCAGUACAUGCGGUUGAUUGGGUAUGCCGCCGAUCGCAUCGCCGUCUUGACGACGUACGCCGGUCAGAAGGCGCUGCUUUGGUCGCUGUUUCAGCCGGGGAAGGCGGCGUUCGGACUGCCCAACGCCAUCGCGACCGUGGACGAGUUCCAGGGCCAGCAAAGCGACUUUGUCCUGCUCUCGCUCGUGCGCACGCGGCAUGUGGGGCACCUGCGCGACGUCCGGCGCGCCAUUGUCGCCGUGUCCCGCGCCCGCCUCGGGCUGUACGUGUUUGGGAAGAAGAGCGUGUUCACGUCGGCUGUCGAGUUGAAGAAUGUUGUGACACCGUUGACCCAUGCGACGACGUUGGCGCUCGUCCCAGCGGAACGCGCCGACAAAGGCCCGAUUCGACGCCAAGAAUGCGACAAGGUGCCGUCGGACCACGUGCAUCUAGUGCCGGAUGCCCACAACAUGAGCGAUAUGGUGGCCAAGUUGAAGGCGCAGCAGCAGCGGCAGUAG